AUUCUACAUAAAUAUAAUUCAUAUUAUCUUAUUCAAGAAAAUACUCUUCUCUUAUCUAAUGAUAUCCAUCUAUCUUAUGGUGAUAAACUACGUGCUGUAGAACAUAUGGAAAGUGAAUUACAUGAAUAUUUAUUUUAUUAUCCUCGAAAUGUUUCACAUUUCUUAUGGUUGUAUAAAACAUCUGAAUUUCUUUAUUGUAAUCGUGAAUUAGCAGAUAAAAUGGAAAAUGAAUUUCAUUUACGUCAAAAUAUUACUCAGUUACAGCUAAGUAUCACACCAAUGAAAAACGUCGCUUAUGCACUGGAUAAACUUGAGAAACAUUAUUGGCUUGCUGGAGGAGCUUUACUUGGAUGGUAUCGUCAUUGUGGUUUGAUACCAUUUACAGAGGAUGCAGAUUUUGGUCUAUAUGCUGAAGAAUAUGAUGAAAGUAUACGAAAUUAUUUUCUUGGAAAUCCUGUUACUUAUCUCUACAGUGCAUUAGGACUUGUAAAUGAUUCACUUGAAUUUCGUCUUUAUACGGACCAAUGGACACUUGAUCUAUUCUGGACAUAUCGUGAGAAAGAUCAUCGAUGGUGUGGCUAUCUAGCACAAAGAGCAAAAUAUAGACGUACUCUUCCAUUAUUAGAAGAACUUUGUUCAUGCGAUUUAUUUGGUCAUCGCUUUUCCAUUCCAUGUUCACCUGCGGAUUAUCUUGAUGGUGAAUAUGGAAAAGAUAAAUGGAAGACUCCAUUAAAGAAGGACUAUGUAUGGACUAAUAUAAAUUAUCAUUCGGUGUGGAAUGAUAUAUCAUGGAUGUAUGCUGUACGUUUUUAUACAUCUAAAGGAAAACUUCGUACGGAUAAAUUUGCAAUAGAUUCCAUAUCGGAACAUUUCAACUAUUCUCUCACAUCAAUUCCAUCAUUUCUUAAUGUUAUACCUAAUGAACCGGUGACACUGCCACCACUUAAAACUAAUCUUGUUUAUCAUUCCUUGUUACUGGAAAAAAUGUCUCAUAAAAAACAACGUAAUGAAUAA